AUGAAUGCCAAUGAUACCAGUUUGUUCAAUAUGAAUGUCUCAAUUGUGCGUCCUGAAUACUUUUUCAUCGCUGGACUUACGGGUGUACCAUAUAGCCACUAUUAUUAUAUUUUCUUAUUUUGCACUUACAUUAUUGCUGUAAUUGGGAACUGUACAGUUCUUCUCAUUAUAGCCUUUGACAGGAGUCUGCACAGCCCAAAGUACAUUGGUGUGUUUAAUUUGGCUUUGGCUGACUUUGGUGAAACUAAUGCUUUGAUUCCUAACAUGAUGAGGACGUUUGUUUUUGAGUCACAGUACAUCUCCUACAAUGCUUGUUUGGCAAACAUGUUUUUUGUUUUCUUUUUUAGUACAACACAAUGUUCCACACUUGUUGUUUUGGCAUAUGAUCGGUUUGUUGCAAUUUGCCUACCACUCAGAUAUCAUGCUAUUCUUAAUAAUACUGUCAUGUCUUUAAUAUGUUCAGCAGUAUGGGCAUUUAAUGCAUUUCUGAUGGCCGUGACUAUGUAUUUUAUCAGCCGACUUUCAUUGUGUAAAUCUAAUGUAAUACAAAGUUUUUUUUGUGAUCAUGGACCAGUGUUUAGGUUGGCAUGUAAUGACAAUAGCAUAAAUCUUUUUAUAGGACAACUUAACACAGGUUUAUACCUUAUAGCACCAUUGAUUCUUAUCUUGCUAUCAUAUCUAGGCAUUUUUCUUGCCUUGAGUAAAAUCACAACUUGGGAAGGACGUUUAAAAGCUUUGAAGACCUGUGUUUCUCACCUGCUGUUGGUGGCAUCACUAUUUCUUCCCAUUAUUUGCAUUUAUCUUUUGGCAUUAACAACUUAUCUCUCCCCCAAUGCAAGAAUCAUCAGCGUAUCUCUUGCAUAUGCAACUCCGCCAAUGUUAAAUCCCAUUAUUUAUGUUUUAAACACAGCUGAAAUAAAGGUUUUAAUUCAAAAAGUGUUUAAAAACAGAGUUCGAUCAUUAACGAUAAACCAGUCCGAGGUCGGGGUAGGCAUAGAACAAUCAUGAACUGUAAUCCAAUCCAAAGUCAGGGGCAGCUGACAAACAACAGUAAUCCAAAAGACAGUCUGAAAUAACACCAGGAAAGCAAACACGAGAAAAUACCAGGAAAACAAUCAGUAACGUUGUGGGGCAAACAAGACUUCGCAAAGUCAGUGUGUUAG